GUUUCCUGGCCUGGAUGUACAGGGAGGGGAGAAACACUCAGGUCCUCCAGCUUCCUCCUUUUGGAAUCCGGAUUUGCUUCGGGAGAGCUGGAGGGCUCAGACUGGAUCGAACCAGGGGGAUUCCUGGAAGGGGAGAAGUUGAAUCUAGAACACUGAUUCAUUCCCACAGUUCUCCAUAGGAAAAGCACCACCAAGUGAUCACCCAAUAUGAAAAUGCAGUGGAAAAGCAGGGGGGGUACUACAGGGGAGGUACCAGAGAGGACAGCAAAACCCCCACAAGUUCUUCAGGCUGGAAGUAUUGGGGAAAUCCUUCAAAGGAGACCAGAAGACCCCAUGCAUCAGCAGUUACCGGAAAGUUCCCUUUCCCUUGCCCAGUGGGAAGCCCAGUGGCAGGAGUUCCUCAGGACAGUGGAAAAUCCUCAAACUGGGUGGGGAAUCCCACACUUGCCAGAGAAACCUUCCCCGUGGGAGAAUGCCAAGGACUUUCUGGCCUCCUUUGAGCAAGUGGCUGAAGCCUGCCAGUGGCCAAAGGAAGAGUGGGUGACCCGACUUCUGCCAGCCCUCAACGGAGAAGCUGAGCAGGCCUUUAACGAUCUGGGUGUCACAGACAGAGAGGAUUACGGGAAGGUGAAGGCGGCCAUCUUCCAAGGCGACGCCUUGAGUCGGGAAAAGCAGCGCCAACAGUUCAGGCGUUUCUGCUACCAGGAGGCUGAGGGGCCAAGAGGGGCCUACAGCCGACUGCAGAAAAUGUGCCGUGGGUGGCUGAGAGUGGAGAAUCACAGCAAGGAGCAGAUCCUGGAGCUCUUGAUCCUAGAGCAGCUGCUGAGCAUCCUGCCCCCAGAGAUCCAAAGCCAGGUGAGGCACAGCAGACCCGAGAGCUGCUCCCAGGCGGUGGCGCUGGCCGAGGAGUUCCUCUCAAGGCAGAAGAAGCAGGUCCCCUUGGAGGUGGCAGCUGGGAGCAUCUCUAAGGCAGUCAAGGCUCCGUCUGAGAGUGAGCAGAAACAUCCCUUGAUGGCUGUCAAGGAAGAGGAGGAUAGACAGCCCAGCCUGGCUGUAGGUGAUAUACAGGAAAAUGGAAAUGAUGGGGGCCUUCAGGUGCUGUUUUUGGAAGCGUACAAGAAUGAAGACAUUAAGGGAAACUUCAGCAAUCGAGAUGAACAAGAGAGGCAGGAGAAAAGCCACAUGGUGGGGAAGGAAGAUAACCCCAUCCCUUGCCAAGAACAGGACAUCCAGGAAAUCCCAGUACAAGAAGAAAGGACAACCCAAACAAGAAGGAUCAAAGGCAACCAUGCUGACCUAAAAAUCGAAACAGGGGAAAAUCAAAAUGAAGCCAUGGAGUUUGGAAAGAGCAUCAGUCAGAGCAUGAACUUUAUUUUAUAUCAACCAAUUCACUUAAUAGAAAAACCAUAUAAUUGCUCAGUGUGUGGAGAGAGCUUCAGUCGGAGAACAACCCUCACAUCCCAUCAAAGAAUUCACAUAAGGGAAGAGCCAAAAAAAAUUGCAGAGUAUGAAAACAGGCACAGUGGAAGAUCACAUCGUCACAAGCAUCAAAUAAUCCACACAGAUAACCUGUUUCAAUGUUCAGAGGUUGAAAAAAACUUCAGUAACCUUACUGCACAGCAAAGAAAACACACAGUAGAGAGGCGGCAUCAAUGUUCAGUGUGUGGUAACAGGUUUAGAAGAGCAUCACACCUUCAGCAGCACCAGACACUCCAUACAGGGGAAAAACCAUUUCAAUGCACAGAGUGUGGGAAGAAGUUUACUCGGGCAUCAUCCCUGCGACAGCAUCAAAGAAUCCACACAGGAGAGAAACCUUACGAGUGCUCUGAGUGUGGACAGAGAUUUAGCUUCAGUACCCACCUUCAGCGGCAUCAGACAAUCCACACAGUUGAGAAACCAUACCAGUGCUCAGAGUGUGGAAAGGCCUUCUGUCAUCUCAUAGGCCUCACUGUGCAUCAGAGAGUCCACACGGGAGAGAGACCUUACAAAUGCUCGGAGUGUGGAAAGAGGUUUAGCCAUUCAUCCUACCUGCAAAAGCAUCACCGAAUCCAUACAGGGGAGAAACCUUAUGAGUGCCCUGUAUGUGGAAAGAGAUUCAGUUUCCGCUCUCGCCUUCAGCGGCAUCGACAAAUCCACAUUCCAAAAGCUAUGUAGCUACUCAGUUUACAAGGGCUUUUCUGCUAAAUCAGAAUUGGUGACUCAGGUGUCCCUCAUAUCAUGUAGUACCUUUAAUCAACAUUGGCUGAUAAACCAGUUGCAGCCAUUCCUCAGAAAGCAUGAUGAGGCCACAGUGAUCCAUGCUCUGAUCACAUCCAAUUAUUUUAAUAGACUGUACAUGGGAAUACCUUUGGAAACAGUGUGUCAACUUCAGCUGGAUCAAAAGGGGACGGGAUUGAUUUGUGAGGGAUUGAUUGCAGAGUUGGAAACAGCUCCAUGCUGGAAGAGCUGUACUGACUGCCCAUCUGUUUCUGAAGACAAUUCAUAGUGCUGGUUUUUACUUUUAAGGCCUUUGGUAGCUUGAGGCCAAUGUGGUGUAGUAGUUAAGAGUGGUGGACUCUAAACUGGAGAACCGGGUUUGUUUCCCCAUUCCAAACUUCUUCGUCUCCUCCUCCUCUUCUUCUUUUACUUUUCUACUUCUUCUGCUUCUACCUGGACUUCUACCUACCACAGUACUGUCUAUCACAGUGGUGUCUUAUAUAAAGCCCAGGGACUGGAUCCAGCCCUAUUAGAGGGUUUAUUGGACCUCCCAAUCUGACCUGGCGAGCACACAACCACCCCACUGAAGGCUCACCAGCUGAGGUAGUUCCCUCCCCCACAGUGCCGACCAUCUUCCCCAGUGCUGAUCAUCAGCUGUAGAGGCCACCUACCCCCUAGCCUGGCCUGACCAAGUCAUAUCUGGUCCUCAGAACAAAUGCAUUUGACACCCCCUGGGACUCAAGCCCACCUGUGAAGAUGUGCUUCACUUUCGCAAAUGAAGCAGGUGGAAACUAAGGGCAGGGUGUUUUCUCUGGUGGUCCCUCAGAAUGCACUCCCCUUGAAACUCACCUGCUAUCUGCUUGAAUGUCUUCUAGGCUCCAAGCCAAAUCGUAUCCUAACAGUAGUGAUUAUUGUUCCUUCUUUCUGGUCCUGGUGUUGUUUGUGUGUUUUUGUUGAAUUGUUUUAUAAUUUAAGUAUUUUCAACUGGUCAAAUGUUUUUGUGUUCACUGCCACAAGGACCCUGAUCAGGUGGAAAGGCAGCACAGAAAUAUUUUAAAUAAAUAAAUAAAUAAAUUGUUUUUUCAACCCACA